GUUUCUUCUAUAUGACAGUCACUACAAUUUCGAUUUCUGAAAUCCAGCAUUUCGUGAAAGGAAAGUGAAAUUUGGAACGGAGAUAAGCACGAAAUUUCCCAAAAAUUUAUUUGUUCUUGUCUUUUCUUUGCCACCUGUCUCAAUCGUUUUCCUCAUCUCUCUCGACUAAUAAUUGUUUAGAGCAAGCUUCUUCAUCUUCUAUUUUAAUUCCUUUUCUGAUAUUAAUUUUUCUCAUGCCCGCCAUGAAAAACAUGAAAAAAGUGUAUGUUUCUUUGCAAAAACUUUCAAUCCCAGCCCCUUUCUACUUUAUGCUCUUGCUCCAAAACCUGAACAUCUCAGCCGCAUACACUCCUCCUGAUAACAUAGCACUCGACUGUGGUUCCGUCAGCAACAACAAUGAUUCCACUCCGCGGUUGUGGCUUGGAGAUGAUAAAUAUUUAGAUCAGCCCAAAAAUACUGAAGCAGUUAUGUCAAAUGUUUCAGGUACAAAAACAGACCCCAUACCUUAUAACACUGCACGCCUCUCUCACUCUCAUUUUAGCUACACGUUUAACGUGACACCAGGACAAAAAUUCGUUCGCCUUCACUUUUAUCCCACUUCUUACGGAGAAUUCAACCGCUCAACUGCUUUUUUCGAUGUCCAUAUCGGCCGUUAUACCCUCCUAAGCAACUUUAGCGCUGCCCUCACAGCUGAUGAUUGUAAAUCGGAAACCUUUUCUAAAGAAUUUUGCGUAAAUGUUGAAGAUUCUGAGCGAAAGCUGACCAUAUUGUUCACUGCAAGUCGCAGUAUGCCUGAUUCAUAUGCUUUCAUCAACGGAAUUGAAAUUGUGUCCAUGCCGGACAAUCUUUAUUACUCUGCGGACAAUGACACGGGGUUUAAGUUUGUUAACCAGGAGAAUCCUUACCGCAUCGAAAAGAACAUGGCUCUUGAGAUGGUAUACAGAAUAAAUGUGGGCGGUAGCUUCGUUUCACCUGCAGGAGAUACAGGCAUGUAUAGGAGCUGGUCUGACGACAAUAAAUACUUGACUGAUGCGAGACCUAGUGCUCUUCCCGUUAAUCUUAGCAGAGAGCUCAAUUUCAGCAUGAUACCCAAUUACACCGCACCAGUCCCAAUUUAUACAACUGCCAGGACGAUGGGAACCAACAAGACAAUGAAUGAGAACUAUAGACUCACUUGGCAAUUUCAAGUUGAUUCUGGAUUCACUUACCUUGUUAGGCUACAUUUUUGUGAGUUCCAGAAUGAGAUAGUAGCCGCGGCAAACAGAGUUUUUCAGAUCUACAUAAACAAUCUGGUGGCUGAAUCUCAAGCAGAUGUCGUUAGUUGGGCUGAAGGAACCGGGAUUCCUGUAAUUCACGAUUAUGCUGUUAUGAUUGGCAGUGGAGGAAAAGCAGGAAACCAGAAGAGAACAAAUCUAUCAAUUUCACUACAUCCCGCCCCAGCUUGGAUGACCAACUAUUCUGAUGCUAUAUUGAAUGGGCUUGAAAUAUUCAAAUUGAGCAAUGAUGGAAAUCUAACCGGACCCAACCCUGACCCAGUUCCAGUUCCAGCCGGUACACCGGGCGGUUUUAAGCCAACAAGAAGGAAAAAUAGUGUUCAUAAAAUAAUAUUUUCCAUAGUUGGUGGUAUAGCAUUAUGCUUCGUUUCUCUUUCUCUUCUAUGUUUCUUACGGAAAAUGAGAGUCAAGAAUUCUGGUUCAACUGACGGGUCGACCUGGUGGAGUCAAUUUUCUUCUAAAACCAAGUCCUCAAGAUCAUCUCUACCAUCCGAUCUUUGUCGAUACUUCUCACUUGCUGAGAUCAAAGCAGCUACCAACGACUUUGACAAUGUUUUUGUUAUUGGUGUUGGAGGGUUUGGUAACGUUUACAAGGGAUUCAUAGAUGGUGGUGCCAAACAAGUGGCAAUCAAACGAUUGAAUCCUGAAUCUGAACAAGGUGCCCUUGAGUUCAAGACCGAGAUCGAGAUGCUUUCCCAACUACGCCAUCUCCAUUUGGUCUCUUUGAUUGGUUAUUGCAACGACGCCCGUGAGAUGAUCCUGGUCUAUAAUUUCAUGGCCCGUGGCAGCCUCCGUGAUCAUCUCUACAAGACUGAUAAUCCCCCUCUUCCAUGGAAACAAAGGCUGGAGAUUUGUAUUGGUGCGGCACGUGGGUUGCAAUACCUUCACACUGGAGCAAAGCACACAAUAAUUCAUCGUGAUGUUAAGACAACAAAUAUUUUGUUGGAUGAGAAGUGGGUGGCCAAGGUUUCAGAUUUUGGGUUAUCGAAAUUAGGCCCUACAAACGUGUCCAAGGCACACGUUACCACGGUUGUAAAGGGUAGCCUUGGGUACUUGGAUCCAGAAUACUAUCGUCGUCAACAAUUGACGGAAAAAUCGGAUGUGUAUUCAUUUGGUGUAGUGUUGUGUGAAGUAUUGUGUGCUAGACCACCAAUUAACCGAACGGCAGAUAAGGAACAAGCUAGCUUAGCAACAUGGGCUCAAGAAUGCUACCGCAACGGAACCCUUGAUCAGUUCAUUGAUCCAUUUUUAAGGGGUAAGAUAGCUUCUCCGUGUUUCAAGAAAUUUACUGAGGUGGCGAUGAGUUGCUUAGUUGACGAGGGAACCGAGCGGCCAUCAAUGAGCGAUGUUGUGUGGAGCCUUGAGUUUGCUCUACAGUUGCAGCGUAAUGCGGAAGGGGAGAUAAAUUGUGGCAAUAAUCAAAUUGAAGUAGAUGUGGAAGACGAGACCCAUCUUUUAACAGAUGCUAGCGGUGAAGUGUUUAGCAGCAUUGGUGAACACGUUCUGAUGUCCCGCACCACGUUUAGUAUAACAAGUGAUGAACAAAGUAUUACCAACAAGGAUUUCGACGAAGUACUCAGGUCUCGGGCAGUUUUCUCUGAGAUUAGGAAUCCACAAGGCCGAUGAUCUCAAGGGUUUAAUUUGCUUUCUAUGUUUUGUUGGGUCUAUGUUGACUGUAUUAUUUUAUCCAAAUUUUCUGGGUCUGUUUUUGACACUAUUAUUUUAUCCAAAUUUUCUGUUUUUCUUUUAUUUC